CCAUUAAAUAUUGGUUCCGAUGAUGCUAUUUCAAUAAAAGAAUUAGCUUAUAUUGCAUUCGAAACUAUUGGAAUAGCGAAAGAACAAGUUAGGUUGAUAACAGAUGAGAAUAAACCUGUCAGUGUUCAAAAUAGAAAUUCGGACAAUAAACUUAUUAGUCAAGUUCUUGGAUGGUCACCUAAAACUUCACUUCGAAAAGAACGUCCUGACGAUUGUCUUUAUCACCUGCGUAAUUUCGUCCAGAGCGUAUAUGAAACAACACAAAUAGAUAUUGCGGGUAUGAACGGUAUUAAAUUUUCGGUAAAGUUCUUUAUAGGAAUUGAUAAGGACAACCAUCCUAUUGAGAAUAAUGUAGUCGAACAAAUACUCAAGGAAUACAAAUUUAUUAAUGUAGAAACGUGUGAGUUUGAUCUGCCUCCAGGAUCCAUAUGUAAAAUUUGGAAUGACUUAGCAAUAAAAGCGUAUAAUCAAAUGUGUGAUUAUAUAGUACUAUUUAAUAACGACAUUAUAAUUGAGAGCACUAAUUGGAUGUCAAAAAUUCAUGAAGAAUUUGUGAAAAUUUCAAAUGAGAAAAAAGUACCAUUCGGUUUCGGAAUGGUUACAUUCACUCCAGGACUUCCAAUAUUUCCAGUAAUAUCACGACUUCAUAUUGAUAUAUUUAAUGGUAUACCAUUUCCACAAGUAUUUACCAAUCAGGAUGCCAUUAGCUCUUUUCUUUUUCAAUUAUAUCGUCGGUUUGGCUGUUCUAUAAUAUCAAAAAGGAUCAAACUAAUGAAAAUCAUAGAAAGUAGUAAAAAACCACAGUACGAAAAUGAUUGGAGUUUUUCUAUUUUGGAUAAUGCAGUAUUAUCCGUUGAAAAAUGGAUACAAAACACAAUCGAAAAUCCUAUACCUAAACUCCUUACAUUAGAUAUAGUAGUACCAACAUUUAGGGUUGAUUUACAAUAUUUAGAGCCUAUAAUCCGGCUUAAAAGAUCGAAAACUGUAUCUACAUUAAUAAUAAUGGUUGUGGACAAUCCAAGUUCGCCAUAUAUUCGAGAUCUAAAAAAACAUGAACAUGACGAAUUCGUCAGAAUUAUUGUACAUGAAAAAAAUCUUGGAGUAAGUGAAGCAAGAAAUAGAGGACUAAAAGAAUCAUGCGCGGAUUAUGUUUUCUUCCUAGACGAUGAUAUAAUUGUAGAACCAGAUAUGUUAAUAGAAGCUGAGAGAAUAAUCCGAAAAUUUCCAAAAGCUUGUGGAUUCGUCGGAUGUACGAAAUUCCCGGAUCCAAGCAAAACUAUUUUUACAAGCGCCGUAAAAAUGGCAGGAUUAGUUUCUUGUUUUGAUGUUGCUGAGCGAAUUGAGGAGGAUAUUCCAUGGGGAGUAUCAGCAAACCUAAUAGUUCGCCGUUACAAAGAUAAUAUCGAGUUCAAUGCUAUGUUCCCGAAAACGGGAGGGGGUGAAGACGUUGAUUUUUGUCUGCAAAAAAGACAUUUUUUCAAACGAAAUAUUCAAGGCAGUGAGGGUUUCCGAGGAGCACCCUUGGUAAGGGCAGUACAUCCUUGGUGGAAUAACGGGAAAAGGUCAUAUAUUAGAUUUGCAAGAUGGGGAUAUGCAGACGGACUUUUACUUAAACUGCACCCAGAGUAUACGUUUAAAGACGGUUACCUCGAUAGCUCGGAACUUUUAAUAAUGCUCUUAUCUCUUCUUACAAUUUUCCUUUUUACAAAAUUUUUUAUAAGUAAUCUAAUAUUAAAUGAGCUAAUUUUCAUAAUGAUUAUAUCAAUACCAUUAUUAGUUGUCGCGAAUAUACUUGCCACUGUGACUCGUUUAGUGAUUUUAGAACCAGAAUCACAUCUUCCAGAAUUAAAAGGAUAUCGUCGCGUAAUUGCAGCAUCAGAAUCAGCAAUCAUACUAAUAGCCGCGAAUUUAGGAAAAUUAUAUGGAAAACUGAGUAGAAAAGAUUGGGGUUAUAUUGGAUGGAGGUUCGACUACCUCGCUAGUAGAUUCGGUUAUUAUUUUGUAAGAUUUACAAAGCAAAGAUCGAGGACGACUUUUAAUUUAUGGGUCCUUCUUGUCCUACUUACAUUUUCUUAUAUAAGAUUUAAUACCCAUAAAUUAGAAAGAUUGUUAGAAUAUGGAUUAUGGUUUAAAAAAUAA